AUGAUUUCUGUUCUAAUAACAAAUGUAUCGAUAAUAAUUUAUAUAACAGACCAAGUGAAUCAUUCUAAAUCAAUCAGCACUUUUAAUGAUCUCGGAAUUAUUUUGUAUAGAAUUGCAUCAGCUGCAGAAAAUUCCAGAUCAAUAGAUUUGGCUAUAUCUUAUAACCAUACUGAAGUUUCUUAUUAUACUAAUUUACUUGAUCAAACAAGGUCUGAGCUAUUAAUUUAUCAAAAUACUUUAUAUAAAUAUUAUGGUGACUGAAGCUAUUGUGACUCGUCAAAAUUAGUUAUGAAUGAUAUUAUCCCAAUAUGAGAUUUUAAUGAUAAUGAGGAGCCUAGACAAAUUUUCAUGAAUUUGUAUGAUGCUCUGAGUGAAUUUAUUGGACAUGUAAAAUAUAAUUAGAUAAAUAGCAUGAUUACGAAGGUUGAAAACUCACAAAAUUAUACUAGUGACUUGCAAUUUUUAGUUGCAAAUGGCUUAGGUGAAGCUUUUUAUAUGUCAAAUUCAUCUCUAAGUGGACUGGUUAACUGCGAAGUAGACAGAAUUGAUACUAUAGGAACAUUUACUAUUAUUUUAGAUGUCAUUGGAGCAAGCAUACUUGGCAUUUGUGUAGCAUUUCUUAUAUUUUACAUAAUAUUUAUCAGCAAAAAAUAUAACAACCUAUGAAAUUUUAUCCGAGAAAAAAUAUAUGCUUGCUACUAUGAGUUAAUAAAAAAUUGCAAAGAAAGACUGACUCUAGUCCACAAUGAAGAGCUUGAAGACGUUGAUAUCCCGUUAAGAAAAAAGUACAAAAUGGUCUCAAUAAAUACAAGCAUGAGAUAUAUCAUAAGACUAACAUUAUUUAUAAGUUUGACUGGAAUUUAUUAUAGCUUAGUUCAUGGAUUUAUGUAUCCAGAUGUUGAAGAAUAUCUAAAGCAAAGGCCAAAAAUCCUUUACGUUUAUGUACAAAGAAGGGCAAUUUUUCCAAAAAUAUACCUAGCUUGGAAGAUUCCAAGGUCAAUUAAUUAAUAUUUGCUUUAAAAUUAAUAGAAAAAGGUAAGGUAUAGAUUUUUUUGCAAGAGAAGCUGCUAUUGAUGACCCAAAAAAGACACUAGAGCAGCUAAUUCCUAAAAGUCUAUCCAUGCCUAAUGCAAAUAAACAGCUAACUGAUUCUAUCACUAUUUUUAUGAGAUGCACUCACAUAUUUGUGUGAGACAGAAAAUAUUUAUCAAAAUCCAUGAGAGUCUCAUUAUUUGAGCACAGCAGUUCUAAUAUUUACCAGUCCAUCUAUGGAGCAAUCUAUUGGACGAAUUUAUUAAUGUUUGAUGCUUCUGCUUUGCAAGAGCUUGGCUCACAAAAAAUGACUGAUCUUUGAACUUUAACCAAAAGAUAUGCUGAUCUUCAGGCUGAAAUGGCUAAUAUUUUCGAAUAUAUUGAUGAAGGAUCUAGAGAUAUGAUAUCAGACAGGCUUGAAAUUAUUGUAUAUACAGCAAUUUCAUAUAUAAUUCUUUCAGUACUUUUAUACUUUUUAUAUUUUUUACCAUAUCUUUCAAGAGAAAUAAGCAACUUGGGCAAGCUAAAAAUGAUUCUUUCAAUAAUUCCUAUCAAGGGAAAAACCAAUGAAUCUGUUUAA